AAUAAAUAUUUAUCCUUUCCUUAAAAUUUGGAUGAAUUAUUUAAUUAUAAAUAAAUUCUUCUCUAUAUAUACUCAUCAUUCCACUGAAAUUCUCUCAAGAAAAUACUCAAAAACUCCCCCAAGGUAGAAAUGGAUUCCAGGGUGGUACGGGCAGCAAUAAGGGUGCUAUUGACUGUCGUAUUUCUUGGGAUUUGUAUGAUGUGGAUCUUGGUACCAACAAACACCUACAGGCAAAAAUGGAGGCCUAGCAUUUCCAAAAAGGUUGUUUCGACAUAUUUUGGAAAACAAGGUUUAAAUAUGUUGAUUUGGACUUUUCCUGUCCUCCUCGUUGCUACUUUGGGCUCCUUGUACCUUCACUUGGGAAAGAACUUGACUGAAAACGUUUCACAAAGCAAUGACAAAAAACAUCGGCUGGCGGUAUGGAAGAGGCCCAUUUUAGUGAAAGGUCCCCUGGGGAUUGUUUCAGGAAUAGAGUUAGCCUUCUUGAUCAUGUUUAUCGCUCUCCUGAUUUGGACACUCGGAACUUACUUACAUAAUGGGUUACCUACCAUCACUCCAGAAGUAGCAGCAAAAGAUGGAGCAAAAGUAUGGCAAAUGAAAUUACAGCAGGUUGCAUUGCGGAUAGGCCUUGUUGGGAACAUAUGCCUAGCGUUUCUCUUCUACCCCGUGGCUCGUGGCUCAUCGGUGCUGCCGCUGUUCGGUCUAACCUCGGAGGGCAGCAUCAAGUACCACAUAUGGCUCGGACACAUUACCAUGGUUCUUUUCACAAGUCACGGAACUUGCUACAUCACUUAUUGGGCUGUUACGGGCCACAUAUCUGAGAUGAUAAAAUGGAGUUAUUCCGAUAUAUCAAAUGUGGCCGGAGAGAUAUCAUUGCUGGGUGGCUUAAUCUUGUGGGCAGCAACCUUCCCUCAAAUCAGACGAAAAACGUUUGAGCUCUUCUUUUAUACUCAUUACCUUUACAUAAUCUUUGUAUUCUUCUUCAUCCUCCAUGUUGGCAUUGGUUACUCCUUCAUUAUGCUUCCUGGAUUUUACCUCUUCAUCAUUGAUCGUUACCUGAGAUUCUUGCAAUCUCGAAGGAGUGUUCGCCUACUUUCUGCUCGAGUUUUACCCUGUCAUACUCUGGAACUUAAUUUCGCCAAAAGCCCUGGUUUGAGCUAUAACCCGACAAGUAUUAUGUUCCUGAAUGUGCCUAGCAUUUCUAAGCUGCAAUGGCAUCCAUUUACAAUCAGUUCAAACAGUAGGUUGGAGCCAGAAAAACUCAGUGUGAUCAUUAAAAGUGAAGGAAGUUGGUCGACCAAGCUCUACCAGAUGCUGUCAUCUCCUUCUCCAAUUGAUCGUCUUGACAUCUCUAUUGAAGGACCUUAUGGACCUGCAUCAAACCAUUUCCUAAGGCAUGACACCCUUGUGAUGGUGAGCGGAGGAAGUGGAAUAACUCCAUUUAUAUCCAUAAUCCGAGAGAUCAUCUUCUGGAGCAAAACAUCUCAACGCAAGACACCGGAUAUCAUCCUAAUUGCUGCAUUCAAGUGCUCUUCGGACCUGACCAUGCUAAACCUCUUGCUACCUAUGGCCGGUUCUCCAUCUGAAAUUUCUAACCUGCAGCUUCAAAUUGAAGCUUACGUAACAAGGGAGAAAGAACCAACAAUUGAUAACUCAAAACGAGUUCGUUCCAUGUGGUUCAAGCCCCAUCAAACAGAUAUACCUAUGGCUGCCAUUUUAGGUCCGAACAGCUGGAUCUGGCUCGGUGCCAUAAUAUCAUCUUCAUUCAUCAUUUUCCUUAUCUUAAUUGGGAUCAUCACCCGCUACUAUAUUUAUCCAAUUGAUCACAACAAAAAUGAAUUCUCAAGAUCUAAAACAGCUGUGUUGAAUCUGUUGGCUAUAUGUGCCUCCAUAGCUGCAACAGCUAGUGUAGCGGUUUUUUGGAACAAGAGACAGUAUGCCAGGGAAGCAAAGCAGAUACAAAACAUGGAAGGGCAAACCCUAGAAGGAUCAAAUAACUUGAUGCUUUAUAAUGCUGAUAGAGAAUUGGAAAGCCUUCCUCACCAGUCUGUUGCAGAAGCUACCAAAAUUCACUAUGGACAGAGACCUGACUUAAAGAGAAUGCUUUUUGAAUGUAAAGGAUCAAGCAUUGGUGUUCUUGUUUGCGGUCCAAAGAAACUGAGGCAUGAUGUUGCAGCAAUCUGCUCAUCUGGUCUGGCAGAUAAUCUGCAUUUUGAGUCUAUCAGUUUCAGCUGGUGAUUACUGUUUUCUAUCCAGUGUUGAAAUUGUCUGCGUUGGGAAGAUUUGUUGUGGUUAUUAGUAAUUUGACGCUCAGCAUUUGUUCUAAGAUUGUAUGGGUUUCUUUCUCGUUCGCAUACGGCCAUUUUGGAUCUUUCAUGCAAAUUUUCUUGCCACAUGAGAGUAUGGGAUUCUACAUUAAGUUGUUAAUGAAUAACCUGCUCAAUCUUACUUUUUUUCCCACUUUGAAUGGUCAAGAUUUUUUUUUAUAAAAAAAAAAUUAAAUUUUAUCAUC